AUGAAGGUUAAGUUUCUAGGAGAUAGCAAGAUUGACAAGUUCAACAACUCCUCGGUUUUCAGAUCUCGGAUAUAUCAGAACAAUGGCUAUCUUAUGGUUUCUUGCAAUGGAGGGCUCAACCAAAUGCGAGCAGCGGUAAGGAUCAUAGAUGUCUACAUGAAUGUCACACUUAUUGUACCAGAGCUUGACAAGACCUCUUUUUUGAAUGAUCCAAGACAUAUCGAUGUGGAUCACUUCAUAACUUCUCUAAGGGAUGAGGUUCGUAUACUCAAAGAGCUUCCUCCAAGGCUUAAGAGAAGGGUUGAGCUCGGUGUGUACCACACUAUGCCUCAUGUUAGCUGGUCCAACAUGUCCUACUACCAAGACCAGAUUCUUUCCCUGGUGAAGAAGCACAAGGUCUUACAACUGAACAAGACCGAUACUCGACUAGCGAAUAACGAACUUCCUGUUGAGGUUCAUAAGCUGAGAUGCAGAGUAAAUUUGAACGGGCUUAGGUUUACUCCAAAGAUUGAGGAACUAGGUAGAUGA